AUGAAAAGCUGCAGCAAGGGCAAGCGCUGGGCGCUGGUGGUGGUCACGUGGGCGGCGGCUGCGGCCGCGGCCGCGGCCGCCGAUUCCGCGGGUUCUUCCGCUUUGGCUCCGCGGGAUAUGCUCAUGACGGACGGCGGAGGCGCGGAUAACGGCUCGGCGCAUGUCAUGCCGCCGCGGCCCGUGCCGCAUGAGCCGAUGCACAUGCACGACGUGCCGAUUCUGGAGACGCAGCUCACCGCGAACGAGCGGCUCUACUGGGAAAACUACUCCACCGCCACUUUUUUCAAUUUGCCCAGCGGUCACAUGCGCGCGCGCAUGCAGCUGCACGUGGCGCUCGUCGGACUGGUCACGUGCGUUGGUUACCCGGCGGCGCUGGUGCUGGGUCACGUGGCGUGGUCCCACCAUGCGCAGCGUAGCAGUAGCGCUAGCGCCCGCAUGGCCGCCCCCCACUUGCUCCUCACUCUUGUCGACACUCUGCUUCUGCUCAUCGCGAUGCUUGCGCUCGCCAAUUUCCACUACGAUCCACUCACAUAUCCGGGAAACGCCUACCGCAAGACCUGUGUCAUUGUCGCAGUGUUGUCCAUCGUUCAUCUUGCGGCCACCGCCGUUCGGUACGCAGUCCACCGUAAAAAUCAGCGGACCAAAAACCCUGCGCUUUCGGGGUUUUCGACUCCCCCACCGGAAUCUGAACUCUACGAAAUGGUCGCGGCCUCUUCCGAUCGCCAUUUCUCGCAAUCCUCUCACGAUUCUGAACUCACCGCUGCCGCGUCGGUGGGUUCCCCCGGCGUCGCCCCGCACAACAAAACUUCCGCGCGCCAGGGUUCUCCGCUCGAAACGGAACGCACAGAUUCAGAUCUCGAGGCCCACCGUCGUUCCUUGACGUCUUUCAAUCACGACCAGCCUCUGGUAUUUCGCGCCGUGUCCACAGUUCUCCAAUUUACCAGCUGGCCGCUGUUCAUUAUACUCGCGGUUCACUGCGUAAUUGGUAUAGCCGUUGGCAAUCUUUUCGGUGAAGGAAUACGGGUUUUCAACAUCCUGGCACAUUGGAUUAAAGGUGGCGUAUUUGUGACACUUGGAAUCGUUUCGUUGGCUCGCUACUGCGGCUGUGGUGCUAGCAACGGCUGGGCCUGGAACAAACAUACCACUCAAGCGCACCCAUCCAAUGCUCUCCAAAACUGGAGAAGACUGAUCCUACCAUACGGCUCCGUCAUCACCGUUGAAUUUAUCGAGUCGUUUCUCAUCUUUUUCUACGGCUCCACCAACGUGUUUCUCGAGCACUUAUCCAACGAGGAUGGUCAUUGGCACGCUAAGGAUUUGCAACACGUUUCAAUUGCAUUCAUGUACAUUGGCUGCGGGCUAUGUGGAUUGAUUACUGAAUACAAAUUGUCAGAGUGGCGGAACCAACACUCGGUAAAUGAUAGAAUUCCACACUCGCUCAUGAUCGGAACCCCCGGAUUCUCACCCAAUCCUUUCCCAGCCUUCACUAUUUUUUGGACUGGGAUUCUCAUGUCGCAACACGCACAGGCCUCCGCUACCUCCACCGCGAUUCACGUACAAUGGGGGUAUUUGCUGUCGUAUGGUUCAUUUUUCCGGUUGUUCACCUUUUUGUUACUGAUUUGGAAACCUAAUAAGGACGAAAAGCCUGCUAGACCCUUUACGGAAUUAAUUGUCUCUUUCUGUUUGUUGUGCGGUGGUUUAAUUUUCAUGGAAUCAACCGAUCAAGUUGUUGAGGCCCUUGAGUACCGUGGACUGACUAGUAUGUUCACAUUUAACCUCAGCGUUGGCUUUACCACUCUUUUCAUGGCUUGGGAAAUGAUAUUACUGUUAUGGAAGGACUGGCUGCAAAAGAGGUGA